CACUUCCUUCACUUCACUUGUAAUUUUCUAAGGAAAAAAAGGCUCUCCAAAAAGAGAAAGAGACAUUAUGUCUGUUCAACUCAGCAGGGAAGGUUUAGUGUCUGCUUCUUCUUCAUCUUCUUCAUGGAACCACAGGCUCAACGACCAUACGCACACCCCUUUCCCUCUUCACAAGACCAGCAAAAUCGAAGAAAGCGAUGAGGAUCUGUUCAGAGUGCCGGACAUGGAAGCCACGGCGGCCGGUGGCAGCGGAGAGCGUGGAGGAGGAGGAGGGGCUGUUGUUUCAAAUGGGAAUGCGAGCUUAAGCAAUGUGACAGUGACAGUGACAGAAGCUCAGCCUCAGAGUGGAAAACGAAGAAGAGGAAGAAACCCUGCAGAUAAAGAGGGCAGACGCCUCAAGAGGUUGUUGAGGAAUAGGGUAUCAGCACAGCAGGCAAGAGAAAGGAAGAAGGUGUAUGUGAAUGAGUUGGAAGCGAAGGCUAAGGAGUUGCAAGACAAGAAUUACAAGUUGGAAGAGCGUAUCUCUACUGUGAUCAAUGAGAACACCAUGCUUCGUAAGGUUCUUAUGAACACAAGGCCUAAAGUUGAUGAAAGCAGUGAACCAAAGCAGGAUCAAUUAAGUAAAAGUUAACAGAAUGUGUGAGAGCUAUAAAUACAUCAAUGAAUCCUUCAUGCUACUACAAGAAGUUGGAAAUUCCUAUCAUACCCUUGUCCUCUCUUAAUUUGUUAUUGAAUGACUAAUUGAAGAUUAUGUAAUUAAACUAAGGAUAAUGACAAUUUCUUUCUAGGUAGAUAAGGCCAAGCUUAUUCCUCAUGAGAAUUCUUCCUCUGCAAUUCCUUGUACUGAUGGAUCAUGAAAUCGAAUGUUAAAAAAAAAAAAAAAAUUAUAUUUUCCCCA